UUGAGAGAAUUUGUUGAUUCAGAGUGAUGGCUAGCUCCAUAGCAUCUCGUUGGAGAGAACUCAGUGGCGAGAAAAACUGGGAGGGCCUAUUGCAUCCUCUUGAUCUUGAUCUCCGCCGCUACAUUAUUCAUUAUCUUCAAAGGGCUGGAGCUGCGGGAGAUCUCUUCAAUAACAAGAAGGCAUCUAAGAGUUACGGACUUAGCCUAUAUCCACCAGAUGAAUAUUUUUCUAGGGCUGGUCUUGAAAUUGGAAAUCCAUACAAGUACCGGGUGACCAACUUUAUAUAUGGCACGGUUGGUACUAGUCAGUCAGAAUACUUUGGAUUUGUGGCAGUGGCCACAGAUGAAGGAAAGGCUGUUCUAGGAAGGAGGGAUAUUCUAGUUUCAUGGAGAGGAAGCAUGACUCGCGCGGACUGGUCUGAAAAUAUAGACUUCGUCCCAACAUCGGCCAAAGAAUUAUUCGGAACUGAUUUAGCUCAAGUGCACUCUGGCUUUCUUUUUAUUUAUGCAGGGAAAAUGGCGGAUUCUCUUUACAAUAAAACCAGCGCCAGAGAUCAGGCUCUAAAGGCGGUCCAGGAACAGGUUGACAAGUACCAGAAUGAAGAUGUAAGCAUAACUGUAACAGGCCAUAGCUUGGGUGCCGCACUUGCAACCCUGAAUGCUAUGGACAUAGUUGCCAAUAGUUUUAACAAGCCAACAGGCAACUCGGCUAAGUCAUCCAUGGUCACAGCUUUUCCAGUUGCCAGCCCUCGCGUUGGGAAUCUAAAAUUCAUGGAAAUAUUUGAUGAACUUAAGGAUCUUCAUCUCCUGCGCAUUGUGAAUUCCAUAGACCCUGUUCCUAAUGUUCCAAUUGGAUUUGACUACACCCAUGUAGGAGAAGAGUUAGGAAUUGACACAACUAAGUCAACGUACUUGAAAUCGAAUGUUCAUCCUCACAAUUUGGAUGUCUAUGGGCAUGGAGUUGCAGGGGUGCAAGAAAAUGGAGAAUUCAAAUUGGAAGAGGAACUUGAAUUUGACAAUGCAGUCGUAAACAAAACUGGUGAUUGUUUACUGGACGAGUAUAAAAUUCCAAUUGAAUGGUGGAACAAUGAGAAGUUCAAGGGCAUGGUUCAGAUGGAUGACGGUCAUUGGAAGUUCAUUGACUCUGCUUAUGUGCCAGAUCCUCCAAGUGCUUGAUCAUGGCAAAUGCUCAAGAUCUUUUACUCUUUUUAAGACGUAAUCAAAUAAAAGUGUGUCACUAUCCCAAAAAUAAGUACCUCUAUUUUUAGAGCAAUCCAAAUGGAAGGGUGAAUUCGUGGUUUCUUUUAAAUGAGUUGGACAUUAGGCCUGGUUUGUCAACAACAGAUAGUUUAGUACGUCCAACGUAAUUGUGCUGUCUGUAGUUUGUGUUAUA